AUGAAGUUCCUUCAAAGCAUCUCCCUCUUCUUCGCGGCCAUGACCAUGGCAGUCAUGUCAUCGCCCGGACCAGGACCCAAUCCGAUAGCAGCGCCUGAAAUCGCCGAUGCCGCCAUCAUGGAAGCCCUCCACACUCGCCAAAUCGACACGAGCGAGAUCACUGGCCUGGUCAAGAACCUCACAUCUAUCGUCUCGACCGUCGGCUCAAUCCUCACCCCAGACACCCUCACGGAAGUCAAGUCGAUCUUGGACCACGCCAACGAGCUGCUCGACGACACCACCACCACGGACCUGAAGUCCCUCGUCCAGAAGGCUACGGGCCUGCUGAACUCGGACCUGCUGUCCAAGGUCGGCGGUCUACUCACCCCGGCCUUGCUAACGAACGUGACCGACAUCCUCGGUGGUGCGCACGAUUUACUCACACCGGAUUUCGUGUCCAACACCAAGACGCUUAUUAAUGAUGCGACGCCGUUGAUCGUGGAAGUAUCAGAGCUCUUCAAAGCCCUUCUGGGAUAGGCUACCGCGCGCACGCACGAUU